GGAAAUCUGACAUGCCUGAAGGUGCAACUACCGAACAACAAUCUUAAAUAACAUUAUCUUUUAAAUUACUAUUAAUUAUUGAGCAUUUCUGAUACAUACCACAUGUAAACACCUUUGAUAUUCACUCACAGAAAAGCAAUGGCAGAGUCUUUACCAACAUUACCAAAGCGACCAACAGAGACCAGGAGAUGCAGUAAAGAUGAACCUCCAUCUCUGUCAUCCUCCAUGAGUCCUCUGUUUGAGGAGCUUCAGUGUUCAGUGUGUCUGGAUGUGUUCAUUGAUCCAGUCAGCACUCCAUGUGGACACAACUUCUGUAAGAGCUGCCUGAGCAAGAGCUGGGAGAAGAGUCAGGACUGCUACUGUCCAUUGUGUAGAGAAAGUUUCAGUAAUAGACCUGACUUGAAGAUCAACACAGGGCUUAGACAGCUUGCCCAACUCUUUAAGCAAAGGUUGACCUUGCGAAUAUCUGGGGUUCUCUGUGACAUCUGUGAUGGGAGAAAGAUGAAAGCCCUGAAGUCCUGUCUGACGUGUCAGACCUCUUACUGUGAAACUCACCUGGAGCCUCAUAGGAGAGUCCCGAACUUCAAGAAACACAAACUGAUGGAGCCUGUGAAGAAUAUAAAGGACUACAUAUGCCGGAAACACGAGAAACCUCUGGAGCUGUUCUGUAGAGAUGAUCAGAUGUUUGUUUGUGUGUUUUGCACUGAUGGAGAGCACAAGACUCACAACACUGUUCCUCUAGAGAUGGAGAGUAAAGAGAAGAAGAUUCAGAUGAUGAAGACUCAGAGAGACUUGCAGCAGAUGAUCGAGGACAGAGUCAAGAAGAUUCAAGACAUCGAACACUCAGCAGAACUUAGAAAGAAAAGCACAGAGCAAGAGAAAGCGUCCACUGUUGAGCUCUUAAGUGAUUUAAUGCGCUCCAUUGAGAGAUGUCAGGCCGAGCUACUAGAGAUGGUGGAGGAGAAGCAGAAAGCAGCAGAGAAACAGGAUGAAGAGCUGAUUCAAGAGCUGCAGCAGGAAAUCACUGAGCUGAAGAUGAGAAACUCUGAGCUGGAUCAUCUCUCACACACUGAGGAUCACCUUCAGCUCCUACAGAUUUACCCAUCCAUAUGCAUCCCACCAAACAUCAGGAACUGGCCUGAGAUCAGUGUGAACGCUGAUGUGAGUGUAGAGACUCUGAGGAGAGCUCUGACUCAACUGCAGGAAACUCUGGACCAGAAACUCAGUCAAACAGUGUUGAGGAGGAUGCAGCACUAUGCAGUGGAUGUAACUCUGGAUCCUGAUACAGCUAAUCCAUUUCUCAUCCUGUCAGAAGAUGGGAAACAAGUGAGACAUGGAGACACUAAACAAAAUCUCCCAAACAACCCACAGAGAUAUGAUCACUGCAACACUGUCCUAGGAAAAGAGGGAUUCUCCUCGAAGAGAUUUUAUUUUGAGGUGCAGGUGAAAGAAAAGACUAAAUGGGAUUUAGGAGUGGCCAGUGAAUCUGUUAAGAGGAAGGGAAAGAUCACACUGAGUCCUCAGCAUGGAUACUGGGCUGUGGGUCUGAGGAAUUUUAAUGAAUAUUGGGCUUUUGAUGCUCCAGCUGUCCGUCUGUCUGUAAGAGAAAAACCACAGAAGGUUGGCGUGUUUGUGGAUUAUGAAGACGGUCUGGUCUCCUUCUAUGAUGUUGAGUCAAGAUCUCACAUCUACUCUUUCACUGGACAGUCUUUCAAUGAGAAACUCUAUCCUUUAUUCAGCCCAUGCAUUAAUUAUGAAGGUAAAAAUUCAGCACCGCUUAUCAUCUCAGCUGUUAAAUACAUUGAAUAAAUGUACACCCUAAAUACACUGACUGGCUACUUUAUUAUGUACACCUUACUAGUAUCAUGUUGGACCACCUUUUGCCUUCACAACUUUCUUAAUCCUACGUGGCAUAGAUUCAACAAGGUACUGGAAUUAUUAAAUUCUGAAAGAGAUAUUGCUCCAAAUUGACAUGAUAGCAUCACGCAGUUGCUGCAGAUUUGUCGGCUGCACAUCCAUGAUCUCCCAUUCCACCACAUCCCAAAGGUGCUCUAUUGGAUUGAGCUCUGGUGACUGUGGAGGCCAUUUGAGUACAGUGAACUCAUUGUCAUGUUCAAGAAACCAGUCUGAGAUGAUUCGCGCUUUAUGACAUGGCACGUUAUCCUGCUGGACGUAGCCAUAAGAAGAUGGGUCCAUUGUGGUCAUAAAGGAAUGAACAUGGUCAGCAACGUGUGUUUUUGGCAAAGUGUGCCAAAAACAUAUCCCCCACACCAUUUCACCACCACCAGCCUGAACCGUUGAUACAAGGCAGGAUGAAUCCAUGCUUUCAUGAUGCUGACCCCAAAUUCUGACCCUAACAUCCGAAUGUUGCAGCAGAAAUUGAGACUCAUCGAACCAGGCAACAUUUUUCCAAUCUUCUAUUGUCAAUUUUGGUGAGCCUGUGCAAAUUGUAGCCUCAGUUUCCUGUUCUUAGCUGACAGGAGUGGCACUCAGUGUGGUCUUCUGCUGCUGUAGCCCAUCAGCCUCAAGGUUCAUUGUGUUGUGCGUUCAGAGAUGCUCUUCUGCAUACCUUGCUUGUAACGAGUGGUUAUUUGAUUUACUGUUGCCUUUCUAUCAGCUCGAACCAGUCCUAAUGCCGCUCAAUGGAUAUUUUCUUUUUUUCGGACCAUUCUCUGUAGAUGGUUGUGUGUUAAAAUCCCAGUAGAUCAGCAGUUUCUGAAAUACUCAGACCAGCCCGUCUGGCACCAACAACCAUGCCACGUUUAAAGUCACUUAAAUCACCUUUCUUCCCCAUUCUGAUGCUCGGUUUAAACUGCAGCAGAUCACCUUGACCAUGUCUACAUGCCUAAAUGCAGUGAGUUGUUGCCAUGUGAUUUACUGAUUAGAAAUUUGCAUUAACAAGCAGUUGGACAGCUGUGACUAAUAAAGUGGCAGGUGAGUGUGUAUAUAUAGUUGAUGCUAUAUAUACUAAUUCUGGCUUUAAAGUCCAUGUGAAAUCCAAAAUUACAAUGUUUAUUUGCUAGCUCACAUUGUUAUUCUUCAGGUAAAUAGUUAAUCCGUGCCAGUUAAUUCACUGAAAAAUAUUUUGUUUUGGUAAUCUUAUAUCAAAGUCUGACUGUUUCCCUCCACCCUUGGAGUGGCGAUUCUUCUGUUGACAUGAACCUGAGGGUUUCCAUAGCAACAGCAUAUUAAUAUCCUAAACCUCGGCCCUCUUACUGUUAGUUUGCUACGAGGGAUUGAUUCGCAACACAAAGCCCCGUCCCCCUACUCGAUAUUCUGUUUCAGUUGUAAGCACAUCAACAUACUGAUAUAAAAGUCUCCGCAACUUCUGGUUUACGCAGGUUUCAAAUUUUUUUUUAUAAUUUGUACUUUGUUUAUAAUUUCACAUCAAAAUAUAUGCAUUUGCACUAAAUGUCCUAAUAAGACCUUGACAUCAAAUCUCUUCACAUUUAUCAGCCAACAAACAGGCUUUUUGCUUUUUGUUAGACAAAUUUUUGUGUAAAACAUGUAAAAAAUUUGUGUUGGGUUCCUGAGAUAAACUGAGUGUAACAAUAAAAACCUACACUGCAAA